GGCUCGGCCGGCGCUUGCAGAGUCGCUGCUGGCCGGGCAGGAAGGAAGGCGGCAGCGGCAGCAGCAGCAGCAGCCCCGCGGGACAACAAAGCCCGGCCUGGUGGGAAGCGACUGGGCUCGCCCGGCUGCCGCCGCCGCCGCUGCUGGACAGAGCCCCGUCGUCUCGUCACCGCCUCGCGGCGCGUGUGCAGCAGCAGCAGCAGAGCCCGCCGCCGGCCAAGGCAUCACCUCGCCAGCCCCGCAGCGGAGCCCGGCGGCGCGUCUCCUCCUCCUCCUCCUCCUCCUGCGCGCCCGCCCGGCUGGAGGGAGCCUCGGCGGCGGACCUGCUGCUGCCGCCGCCACCCCGGAGUGCCUGGGCUCGGUUGGUGCCCAGCAGGUAGCCGCGUGGCUCCGUGGCCGCCGCGAGCGUCCCCUGGCUGUCCCUCCCCCGCCGGCGGCAGCAGCCUCAGCCUCAGCAUGGGGCACCCGGCGCUGGAGUUCAGCGACUGCUACCUGGACAGCCCGGACUUUCGGGAGAGGCUGAAAUGCUACGAGCAGGAGCUGGAGAGGACCAACAAGUUCAUCAAGGACGUGAUCAAAGACGGCAACGCGCUCAUCACCGCCCUCAAGAGUUAUUCCUUGGCUGUGCAGAAGUUUUCCCAGACUCUUCAGGCCUUUCAGUUUGACUUUAUUGGGGAUACGCUGACGGACGACGAGAUCAAUAUCGCUGAAUCCUUCAAGGAAUUUGCAGAACUUCUCCAGGAGGUGGAGCUUGAAAGGUCGAUGAUGGUGCAAAAUGCUAGUGAUUUGUUGAUCAAACCGCUGGAAAACUUCCGUAAAGAGCAAAUUGGAUUCACCAAGGAACGGAAGAAGAAAUUUGAGAAAGAUGGUGAGAAGUUUUACUCCAUGUUAGAUCGCCAUUUGAGUUUAUCAUCAAAGAAAAAAGAAUCUCAGUUGCAAGAGGCUGACCUGCAAGUGGAUAAAGAGAGACACGUUUUCUUUGAGUCUUCUUUGGAAUAUGUGUAUCAGAUUCAAGAAGUGCAGGAGAGCAAGAAAUUCAAUAUUGUGGAGCCUGUACUGGCUUUCCUUCACAGCCUCUUCACGUAUAACAACCUGACUGUUGAGCUAACACAGGAUUUCCUUCCGUAUAAACAACAACUCCAGCUGAGCUUGCAAAAUACAAGGAAUCACUUUACCAGCACACGGGAAGAGUUGGAAGACCUCAAGAAGAGGAUGAAGGAAGCUCCCCUGACGUGUAAGCUGCCGGGACAACCCACCAUCGAGGGCUAUCUGUAUACGCAAGAGAAGUGGGCCCUGGGCAUCUCCUGGGUCAAGCACUACUGCCAGUAUGAGAAGGAGGCCAAGGUGCUGAGGAUGACCCCCAUGGAGCAGAAGCCCGGCGCGAAGCAGGGCCCCUUGCAUUUGGUCCUGAAGUCCUGCGUGAGGAGGAAGACGGACUCCAUAGACAAACGCUUCUGCUUUGACGUUGAGACUGUUGACAGGCCUGGGCCCAUCACUUUGCAGGCUCUGUCUGAAGCGAAUCGGCGGCUCUGGAUGGAAGCCAUGGACGGCAAAGAGCCGAUCUACCACAGUCCCAUCACAAAACAGGAAGAAAUGGAGCUGAAUGAGGUUGGAUUCCGAUUUGUGAGGAAAUGCAUUAAUGUGGUAGAGACAAAAGGGAUCACAACUGAAGGCGUGUACCGAACUGUAGGCAGCAACAUCCAGGUCCAGAAACUCUUGAAUGCAUUCUUUGAUCCCAAAUGCCCAGGGAACGUCGACCUUCAAAACAGCGACUGGGAUAUCAAGACUAUUACUAGCUCCUUGAAAUUCUACCUCAGGAACCUCUCUGAACCUGUCAUGACAUACAAGCUCCACAAAGAGUUGGUCUCUGCAGCUAAGUCUGAGAACCUGGAUUACCGGCUGGGAGCGAUUCACGCCCUGGUGUACAAGCUUCCGGACAAGAACCGAGAAAUGUUGGAAAUCCUCAUCAGGCACCUGGUGAACGUGUGCGAACACAGCAGGGAGAACCUGAUGUCCCCCUCCAACAUGGGGGUGAUCUUCGGCCCCACUCUCAUGCGUGCUCAGGAAGACACGGUUGCGGCGAUGAUGAACAUCAAGUUCCAGAACAUUGUGGUAGAGAUCCUCAUUGAGCACCUGGACAAGAUCUAUUCCGGGCCCCCUGAGGACAAUGCUGCACCACCUGUGCCCCCACCUCGGGUGGCCACCCGGCGGCACAAGCCCAUCACUAUCUCCAAGCGCCCUCUGAGAGAGAGGCCCGUCUUCUUCGGAGGCUCCGUGGAAGUCAACGAAGUGGACGAUGGGCUUACUCCCAAUGGCACCAUCAGCCCUCAUUACACAGAAGCUCCCAAGCCGCUACAACGCAGCAGGCUGCCUGUGCAGAGGGCAGUCGAGGCUGAUCCUGGGAAGCCGGGCUCCGAAAACAAGUCCGACCAGUGUGCAGAGGUGGACGUGGGGAGGCUGGUGUCCCGGCUCCAAGAUGGCGGGCCGAAAUUCUCCAACAAAGCUGCAAACGGCGUCAUGCCCGCGACAGGCUCUCUGAAGACCUCCACGCUCCAUGCAAAGAGGCUCGCUCCAAAGCCUGGGAUUUGUGGCAAGGAGAGUGAGUACGAAGGCUUCACGAAAGUGCGGUCAGCCGGGGAGAGACCAGUGAUAACGCGUCCUCCAGUGAGACCACCAGAUCCCCCGUGCAAAGCCCCCACGCCUCAGAAGCUGGAGUCGAAGCCAGAGUUGAUAACGGGAGGGACGGGAGACGCUCACUCCUCUGUGGUGGCCUCCAGAACCAAGUUCUUUGAGACGGCUUCCUUCAGGACAGGAAGCACUUCAUCACCCCAAGGCAGACUCCCGAGUGAUGAAAGCUGAGAGGCUGACGACUUUCCUACGGCUGAUCCUGGCUGGUUCCAGGGAGACUGGUUCAGCUGCUCUCCAUACUGCUCCGUGUGCCGCCUAGCUCACCUGUCCUGCAGGAUCCCGUCGUCUCUGCCGCAUACCGUUGUGAAUCGUUUGUGUCGCUGCAAGAGAAAGGGAUCUUCCAGCGGGAGGAAGGACCUCCACCUUGCUGUUAAUUUAAAGAACCCCCCAAACCUGUUGCGUGCUUCAGUCUUCUCCUCCCCUGCCUCCGAGAGCCUCCGUUGCCUGCAUCCCAAGAACAGGACCUGUUUGUCUGCGGAGUGUGUGGUGGAGGCCGGCUUGCGGCUGGCUGGAGAGGGCAAUGGGUGGUCCGGGGAGGCGCAGGGGCAGAGCCCUGAAGAGCAGCCUCUUUCGAGGCUGGCUGCAAAGCUGCCAGCCAGUGAUUCCACCCCCACCCCGGGGUUUGCCUCCUGGGCCUUGGAGAUGUUGUCCGCUUUCACCAGAAGUCUCUGUCCUCGGGCAGUGGGGGGCGGGGGGGUGCGGGGAGUUGGCCGCCCUGACUUUGUAAAGAUGAAUCUUCGGCUGUUGACUCCGCGCACCCCCCCCCCCGCGCACCUUUUUAAGGAACUGAAGUGUUGGGGGUGGCUGUGUGUUCCGUCUGCAGCAGCAGCCCCUCCCUCCUGCCUGCACUGCUGGAGAAAUGCUGAGAGGUCGCAUGCCCGGAGGUCUCCCUGUCUUUCUCCCCCCUCUGUCUCCUGCAACAAGCGGCUGUUCUGUGGGACGGGGGUGGGGGGGAGGCCUGUAAGGGAUCGGAACCCUCUUCGGGCCGACACUCUCCUUCCUCCCCAGCCAGAAUGACAUUGGCCACUGAAGCAGGAGUCAUUUGUGCGCCCCUCCGGUGGCCCUUCCUGUCCCGGCCGGAGCUGCUCUCAGUGCUGGGCAGCAGAAGCCCCAGUUGCCUGGCUGCUUUGUCUCGUGGCGGACUCAUCCUGCUCAGGGGACCUUUGGCACCCGGAGUGGUCUCCAGUAGCUUUCGGCAUGGGGUGGGACUGUUGCGCAAUGCCAGUGGCACUUGCAAGAGAGAGAUUCGGGGGCUGCCAAGGGGCAUGUUGAAGGGGCAUCCACUUACUGGGGGUGUGUGGGGGGGGGGUACAACACUCCAGUUCUGCUCUAGUGGGGGGGGGCGUGUGUUUCUUAAUCUCUACAUUCUUACUCUCUCGUCCUGACCCCUCGUUGUCCCGGUUCCACUGAAAGCCUGUGUGUAGUCUGUGGCAGGCUUCCCAACCUGCAGUCCUCCAGGUGUUGCUGGACUACAACUCCCAUCACCCCCAGCUACAAUUUGUGGCCGGGGAUGAUGGGAGUUGUAGUUCAGCAGCCUCUUGAGUGCCACUGGUAGUGAACUCCUGGCCCAAGCAGCGCUUUCUCGAGGCUCCUCCGCCCCAGGGUUCUCCUUAGCAGAAGCCUGGGCAAAGCAUUCCUUUAGACGAGUCUCCCACGGCAACAAACACGGUUCCUAAGGACCAAAGCAAAAGAAGGGGAAGCAUUGUCUAGUACAGUGGAGCAGCGCUUUGCAGGUCGGCCUGUGCCCAAAGGUCCUGAAGUGGUGUGCCUUUUGAAAUAGCCCCCGGUGGCCUGCUGUUGUGUGCCGCAGCUAGGGCCCUGCCCGGCUCUUCUUCUGGGUGCCAUGUUGGUUUUAGCAGCACACGGUGAGGAGAGACGCCAAGAACAUGCUCCCUGCGGCAUUGGUGUCCAUGCUCUCAGCUUGCAGCCCUGUGUGCAUGCUUAGCAGUGUCAAAGAGAAUAAAAGCCAUGUGGGCUUCAUGGCCAUGUUGAUGUUGCUUCUGUGAUACCAUGCAGCUGGGACUCUGCUGUCCAAGUAAGAGACUGGACUCUGUUCUGGUGGUGACUUUUGAAAAGUGGGCCCCAAUCCGAUGACGCCAUUGCCUCUAGGUCUCGCGAAAUCCUCGGAUCAGAGCUUUCUUGCGAUGGCCUGGGUGUGUUCUUCAGAGACAACUACUGAGGUUGUAGUGACCAAACAAGGGAGUCAAGAGAACAAGCGAAUUUCUUUUUUUUAAUGCAGUAAGCCAUGAUUCCAAGCAGUCAUUGAGUGGAGUAGACUCUCAGUCCAGCUGUGAAGAUGACCAGGGGAAAACCUGAAUGCUGCAACUCCAGACAGUAUGUGAUCAGUCGUCCUGGGCUGCAGCCUUUGAAAUCCAACGCUUGUGGUCACGUUCUGCAUAAAUAUAUAAUAUACCUGUCAGGCAGAGCUGAGUGCCAUCCUGACUUUAAUGUGUUGCACAUGGGCGUGGUAAAUCUAGCCUCAUGCCUGCAUUCAUCAUAAGCUAAAGAUGUCCAGCAAUUCAACUUGUUUUGUGAAUUUCAAGGCACUUAAGGUAUCUUCCACCUGAUGUGUUUUGUCUGGUAAAACCAAUUAGAUUAGUUGUAAUGUUUAUAAAGUUUCCAUGGAUUAAAAAAAGAUCCAGCUCA